GGCGCCUCGCGCUGCCGCUGCUCGAAAGGACGGUGCAGUGAGGCGGGCUCGGCUGGCGGGCGUGCGCGGAGCGGGGGCCGCGGGCGCGCUGCAGAGAUGUGACUCGGGCCCAGGGCCAGCAGGAGCGUCGGCGCUGCGGGGCCGCGAGGGUCGAAUCUUCCUGGUGUCAGAGAGAAAGAUGAGAACCCAUCAAGUGUUCCCCCUGCCCCUGCUCCUGGUGAUUGCCUCGGUGGCUUCAGAGAACGCCAGCACAUCCCGGGGCUGUGGGUUGGACCUUCUCCCUCAGUACGUGUCCCUGUGCGACCUGGACGCCAUCUGGGGCAUCGUGGUGGAGGCAGUGGCCGGGGCGGGGGCCCUGAUCACACUGCUCCUGAUGCUCAUCCUCUUGGUGAGACUGCCCUUUGUCAAGGACAAGGAGAAGAGGAGGCCCGUGUGUCUCCACUUCCUCUUCCUGCUGGGGACCCUGGGCCUCUUUGGACUGACAUUUGCCUUCAUCAUUCGGAUGGACGAGACAAUCUGCUCCAUCCGACGCUUCCUCUGGGGUGUCCUCUUCGCGCUCUGCUUUUCCUGUCUGCUAAGCCAGGCGUGGCGGGUGCGGAGGCUGGUGCGCCAGGGCACGAGCCCAGCCGGCUGGCAGCUAGUGAGCUUGGCACUGUGCCUGAUGCUGGUGCAGGUCAUCAUUGCCACCGAGUGGCUGGUGCUGACCGUGCUGCGUGACACCAAGUCAGCCUGCGCCUACGAGCCCAUGGAUUUUGUGAUGGCACUCAUCUAUGACAUGGUGUUGCUGGUCAUCACCCUGACACAGUCCCUCUUCACGCUGUGUGGCAAGUUCAGGCGGUGGAAGGUGAACGGAGCCUUCAUCCUCAUCACAACCUUCCUCUCUCUGCUCAUCUGGGUGGUCUGGAUGACCAUGUACCUGUUCGGCAACUCGAUCUUUAAGCAGGGAGAUGCCUGGAGCGACCCCACCUUGGCCAUCACCCUGGCAGCCAGUGGCUGGGUUUUUGUCAUCUUCCACGCCAUUCCGGAGAUCCACUGCACCCUCCUCCCACCCCUGCAGGAGAACCCACCCAACUACUUUGACACCUCACAGCCCAGGAUGCGGGAGACGGCGUUUGAGGAGGACAUGCACCUGCCUCGAGCCUACAUGGAGAACAAGGCCUUCUCAAUGGAUGAGCAUAAUGCAGCUCUUCGGUCAGCAUCGGGCUUUUCCAAUGGAAGCUUGGGGAAAAGAUCCAGCGACAGCCUGGGAAAGAAACCCUGCAACCUGGGAAGUCGACCCAGCGCGCCAUUCAGAAGCAAUGUGUACCAGCCGACCGAGAUGGCUGUUGUACUCAAUGGCGGGACCAUCCCAACCGCUCCGCCAUCUCACACAGGAAGACACCAUUGGUGAAAGACCUUAAGAUCUCUCUUACUGAUUUUAUUCCCUGGCUGUGUCUUUCUUGAGGGCGCAAUCAAUAACCAUGGCCGAGACAGGCCACCUGGAAGCCAGGAAAUCUGAGAAUUUCCACCGAGGGGAUUUCGUGUAAAUGUGACAUACGGAUGAACUGGAAAGCUAACAGUGACUGCCCUCCCCUAUCCUGCCACACACACACACACAACACGGAAUCGUCCUGCAAACUAAAUCAGAGCUAACUGCCAAUAGUCUUAGGCUCACCCAGAGAGGCAUGGCUGGAAAACUGUUUCAUGCAGCGUGGGCAGGGCAGAAAAGAAUCCGCAGCUGGUGUACCAGGCUGAUGUUGGCUUAGACGAGGGGUUUGAGCCAACCUGUCACACCCUCCCCGAGUGCUGUCUUUUGGAGACAGCUAUGCCCUUGAGGUUAACUCACGGACCCUUCUUCUUCCCGGCUUGCUUGCUUGGUGGCCUAUGCAGUUCAGAGGACUUUAGGAAGUUGUGGCUGUGAUUCCAAAGUAAGGCCCAACCGGACGGUCAGGCAGCUGUGUAGCCAGUGGGAGUGGAGGAACCAAAGAGAAGGUACUCCGGGCCUUGAAGUGACCACCGCGUUUAGACAGUGGUGACCAACCACUGUUCCGUCUACGCGCUGCUUGCUCUGCCUAGCGCCCCACCCGCCCCGCCUCCCUCCCUCACAGAGUGACAGAAGUGUCCCUUCUUCCUCUUGCUGCACUUGCUGGUCCUCCAUGCCCCUUUUCCAACGUCAUUCCCCUGUUCAUUUCAGAAGCUCAGACAGGGCCACUGGCUUGGCUUUGGCUUUAGAGGAGCCGGGCUGGGAGGCAGGCACCAUAGCAGCCUUUUCACAAUGUCCUGUGGCUGGGCUCCCCGUGGGUGACCGCUAGGAUGGAGAGCUGUCAUCCUCAUGUCCAGCAGCCAGUGACUUCUGGGGUCUCUCCCCUUGAUGUGGCUAGAAGUCUAGGAUAGACUGAGUUCCAUGAAGGUUUCCUGCUGCUUUCGGGGUUUUGCAGAACAUUUUAAUCUUGGUUUUCCGAUGGUUCUAUGAAAGUGGCCCUCUUCACGGCCGUCAUUUGUCAUGGCUUCCAUCUGUCCUGAGCAAGUCAUUCCUUUGUCGCUCGGCAUCUCCAGCACCCCUGCCAUUAAAAGCCCUGUGUUCUCUGCACUGUUUGGCCAGGAUAAUCUCUGGCAACCUUUCCAUGCUAAGAGUUUGAACCUGACCAUAUGGACCGUAUAAACAAGGGUAGGGCCUCUGCAUACACUCCAAUCACUACACUGCUUUUUCUAUAAAAAUUACCCACAAGCCUUUAACCUUUAAUGAAAGCAAAAUUGAAAAGGUUAGUAUUUGGGGGUGGGGUGGGGACUGACCUCUUCUUAAGCCAGAACAUCUGAGCUGAGUGUUUUAAUAAAUCUGAUUUUUCUCAAGA